AUGGUGAAGCUGUGGGACCUGAGUACUGGAUCCCUGCUGUGGGAACACCGAUUGAACUCGGAUCUUCUUGACAUUGAGUUCGAUGAUGAUGAUCGAUCGCUUAUCGCUGCUACGAGGUCAAAGAGGUUACUGAUUUGGUCCACUGCCAAUGGGGUGCUGACGUCGAAAACGAGCUGGCACCACGAUCUGCCUCACGACUGUCGGCACUUGAUUGCCAGGGCUCCAUCAACUGUCACGAUCUCAUGGAGCCACAAGCUGAUGGCAAUAGUGUACCGAAGUUUGCCGCUUUCCCUUUGGGAUCUUGAGAGCCAAGAACAGCUCGGCUUCUGCAUUAAAGCUUUCGACGACGGGAAUGACACCUCUAACAACAUUACAUCCGUCUGUUUCAAUCCCAUAAAAAGCCUCAACAUACUUGCUGUCGCAUAUAUGGAUGGAGAUGUUGCCUUAUUCGACACGGUAUCCCGGGUGAUGAAGUGCCAUGCCAAAGUACAGACACAACUUCUUGCUGUCUCAGCUGACGGAAGGACACUGGCGGGCGGCGACUCGGUCGGCAACAUCAAGUUGUUUGACUUUGAAACACUGCAAAUACUCUACCGCGUUACCCUUUCGAGUGACGGAAUAAGCGCAAUAGCAUUUACGGCAGAUUGCCUCCGACUUUUAGAGCUUCGUGGAACGCAAGUUAAUGUUUGGGAGCCAUCCGCGCUGGUCAGGAAGUGGGAUCAUGCCCUAGAAGAAAGCAGUGUCUUUUCAAGCGAAAUAUCGGCGAGGACAGUCCAAGACAGCGAAAGUGAGUUUGACGACGAAGGCGCAAAUAUUACCUGCAUCAAGGCUGCUGCAAAUGGGAGUAAGGUGCUCAGUGGGAGAGUCGAUGGGUCUAUUUCAGUCCAUGAUCUUCACACAGGGGCAUCACAUUUCCAAGAGAUAUACAGACACAGUGGUGCAUCAAUACGAUGCCUGGAUUGGAGUGCUGACCUUCAGAUCAUCGCAAGUGCAGACGCCUCUAGUCGAUUCAAGGUGAUGGAAUUAUCCGGAGAUCAACCAAAUGCCAUCAGCAGUGUUUCAGAGGUCUUGAACGGGCAACUCUCCUACGGGCACCUGAUCAAUCAGACCCUAAUCAGCCCCGACAAGACCAGACUACUAGUCUCUUCAUCAGCUGCGGACCUCAUUUGGUCCUUGGAGACUAGAAAUGUCAUUGCCUCGCGAACGGUUGAGACCUUGGAGCCAAGGAUAUGGUUUCAACACCCACAAGACAGUACCAAGAUCAUGCUCAUCGGAAAUUCCAUGCUAUGUACAUUUCCAUGGGAGUCGCCUGCGACCUUAUUGCCAAAUUCCGAGAUACCGAUUGUGAUGCCAGGCGACAGUGGCGUUGACCUGAAAUGGAAACUGGUCCAUUCUGUCAACACAGAUCUUAAUUUCAGAUCCCACUCAAAGCAUUCCGUCAAACAAUCACUUGUGUUAUUCGGAAUCGGAAAUUCGUCAGUCUACAGUAUCGAGCUUUCAGCUGGCCGCUCCUCACAUGAAGCACGACCCCUGUUUCUCUCGGAAAGUGCCACGAAUGUUCCUUCUGUCACAACUCUUCUGGGUUUUGCACCAAGCUUUUUUGGCGGCGGCUCCCUGCUCGUCUUCUUAGCGGAUAACGGUUGGAUUUGCUCAAUUGACUUGAAUCGCCAGUCAGCGCGUUCCACUUUCCAGCGCCACUUUUUUUUACCAUCUGCAUGGCUCAGUACGAGCGCCAAGGUCAUGGCUGUUGUGACGAGUAAGAGGCAGAUAUUAUUUAUUCGGGGACAUGACCUUGCUGUCAUAAAAAAUGGCUUGGAUGUCGCGCAGACAGUCCAAAUGAGCUAA